AUGAACAGCUGCUCCAAAGUGCGUGACAACUUAACACGUAUAAAGCCUACAGAAGACUGGCUAUCGGAGAGCCGCCUUAAAAGAUGCCUUGCAACCUCAGAUCUCACUUUUUUCGGUGUGGGCUGUGUGUUAGGUGCUGGCCUGUACGUGGUCACAGGGGAAUUAGCACGUGACAUCGCUGGGCCCGCUGUUAUUAUCUCCUUUUUCAUUGCUGCUGUUGCUGCCGCUUUGUCUGGGAUUUGUUACGCGGAGUUUGGAUGCCGUAUUCCCAAGGCCGGCUCCGCCUACACGUACUCGUAUGCGACUGUUGGAGAGUUUUGGGCGUUCGUUCUCGGUUGGAACAUGAUUCUAGAAUAUGUCAUCGCUGCUGCAAGCCUGGCGCGCGCCUGCAGCGAGUAUAUCAACUCAUUUGCUCAGGGUUAUAUAUUCAAGUUCUUUAUGAACGAAAUAGCCACGUGGAACGUUUCUGGCCUUGGAAGCUUUCCUGACUUCUUGGCAUUCACACUGGCCUUGGCGGCUUCUUUUAUUGUCUCGCUGGGAGCACAAAAAUCAUCUCUUGUGAAUAAAAUUGUAACCUUCGUAAACUUAGCCGUCAUCUUGUUCAUCAUCGUUAUUGGAUUUUACUUCGCCGAUGGGGAGAACUGGAAACCAAAAUUUGCCCCGUACAGGUUUCGAGGUACUCUAGCAGCUGGGGCAAGCUGCUUUUUCGCCUUCGUUGGAUUUGACGUCAUAGGAUCGGCGGGAGAAGAAGCUAUCAAUCCCAAGCAUUCGCUACCCUUCUCUACCAUUCUUACUCUUGCGAUAAGUUUCUUGGCGUAUUUUGGAGUCGCAACGGUGCUUACAUUAAUGAUACCUUAUCAUAAACUGAGCCACUUUGCUCCUCUGGCUGAGGUUUUGUUCAACGUGGGUUGA